AUUAAAAUGCAAAUUUAAUGGGCCCAAGGUGACGUUCAACGAGAACGAGCCGUUACGGGAGCGGAUUUUCAGUUUCAGCAGGGAGCAGAUUCUCGAGCUGAAAGCUAUGGUGAACAAGAGGAGAACCUGGACGGUGGAUAACGGCGUUGAGGUGUUGGGGAAGCAGAGCAACGACAAAAUUAACGGAAAAGAGAACGGUAAACUAACGGAAAUGUUGGAGAGUUUGUUACUGCGAAACGACGCCGUUUCGAAGACAGGGAACAAGCUGGAGAUCUCGUCGUUUCAGUCUCUAUCCGCUUUGCUCUGGCGAGCGAUCACUCGAGCGAGGAAGCUUCCGAGCACCAAAACGACGACGUUUCGCAUGGCUGUCAACGUUCGCCACCGUCUGAGCCCGAAACUGGAUCCGGAGUACUUCGGAAACGCGAUCCAGAGCGUUCCGACGUUCGCGACGGCGGGAGAGGUUCUCUCUCGGGAUAUACGGUGGUCCGCGGAUCAGCUCAACCAGAGCGUGGCGGCUCACCAAGACGGGAAGAUUCGAGACACUGUGGCGGAUUGGGAGGCGAAUCCGAGGUGCUUUCCUCUCGGGAACCCCGACGGAGCGUCGGUGACUAUGGGGAGCUCGCCGAGGUUUCCGAUGUACGAUAAUGAUUUCGGGUGGGGGAAGCCGGUGGCGGUUAGAAGCGGGCGGGCGAAUAAAUUCGACGGGAAGAUCUCUGCGUUUCCGGGGAGGGAUGGAAACGGGAGCGUUGAUUUGGAGGUGGUGCUGGCGCCGGAGACGAUGGCUGGGAUAGAAACUGACGGCGAGUUUAUGCGUUACGUGUCGAAGAAGUAACGGAAUUGAUGUAAUAACGUAACGGUUUGCUUUUUUUUUUUGUUUUUCUCAUAAUCUUGUGUCUGAAGAACUUAACAAUGUAAUAUUUAAUGAAAUUCUGUAAGUUGACUCCAUAAUGUUAUACAUCAUAUGUUACAUUUCA